GCCGGAAGCCCAGCCGGACUUGGCUGUGGACGUAAACCGAGCACAAUGAUUCUGAACCGGGUUACGUUAGCAUGGAGGAAGUCUCAAGUUGCUCUCAAGGAGCACUGCAGACCAGUUUAGAUAUCGGGGGACAUCCGCGAGCAGGCAGCUUGUUUUGUAGCCAACGACAGCUAGACACCAGUAGGUUAGCUGGCGGGCUAACAGCUAGCCGUCGUGUCAACCUGGCCACUUCUAUUAUAGCCAGGGUUGAGAUUGAGGAUUGAAUCAUUUGUAGUCAUUUGAGUGACAUCUGUGUUAAGGUGACGGAUAAGUGAGUUUUGUUUUUUUUUGUUUGUUUUUUUGUCCAUGUCUCUCGUCUCUGUUUUUGUGGUAUUUUUAGGUGUGCUUAUUUGACUUGUGAUUGUCAACAAAUCUUUUAUUACUAGUCUGUUUUAUAAUGUUUGACACGUUUGUCGUAGUCCCUUUACCACAUUACUCGCGAUGAAGUGAGUGCCGAGCACCUGAAGCAGGACCUGUGAGGCGCGAGGUGUCCUGUCCCUCGUUACAGAGGUGCGCGAGGGCCGGUCGCGUCCUGCCAUGCUCGUGACCGCUUACCUGGCGUUUGUUGCCCUGUCGGUGCUGUGCGUGGGGUUGGAGCUCGCCGCACGCCGCCUCGCUACGCCGCAGGCCACGCAAACUACCGCCGCCAACCCCGCGUUCCGCCGCUUCCAGAGGCUCUUCCUAAAGACCUACCUGCUGGCGCUGUGGGCUGACUGGCUGCAGGGUCCGUACCUGUACAAGCUUUACCGCCAUUAUAGCUUCCUGGAGUCGCAGAUUGCCAUCCUGUAUGUGUGCGGCCUGGCCUCCUGCGUGCUGUUUGCUCCCGUGGCUGGUUGGUUGUCGCAGGCUCUGGGCCGGAGGCAGACGUGCCUGCUCUUCUGCCUGGCCUACUCCGUGUGCUGCCUCACCAAGCUAUCGCAGGACUAUUUCGUGCUCAUCCUGGGCCGCGUGCUCGGUGGCCUCUCCACUUCCCUGCUGACCACCGCCUUCGAGGCCUGGUACGUGCAAUGCCACGUCGACAUCCACGACUUCCCCAAGGAGUGGAUCCCUGUGACCUUCGAGAAGGCGGCGGACUGGAACCAUGGGCUGGCGGUGGGUGCCGGACUUGUGGCCAACCUUUUUGCUGAGUGGUUGCAACUCGGGCCCGUGGCUCCCUUCCUGCUGGCCAUCCCCAGCCUGGCAGCGUGCGCCUGGCUGGUGUUGUCCGAGUGGAGCAGCGAAGAGAAGCGGGAAGCGGGAGACGGAGACAAGAGCGCCCCCCUGCUCGGCCUGCCGAGCGCCCCUCAGACACGCCUGUCUGCUCAGGCGCGCUUCCGUCGCAGCUGCCUGGAGGGCCUGCGCUGCCUGCUCUCGGACCGGCGCGUCCUGCUCUUGGGCGGUGUGCAGGCGCUCUUUGAGAGUGUCCUGUACAUCUUCGUCUUCCUCUGGACGCCGGUGCUGGAUCCGCACGGCCCCCCCCUGGGCAUCGUGUUCUCCUCCCUCAUGGCGGCCAGCAUGGCGGGCUCCACGCUCUUCCGGCUGGCCACCUCGACCCGCUACCGACUCCAGCCGGGCCACCUGCUCUGCCUGGCCGUGCUGCUGGCCUUCUUCUCCUUCUUCAUGCUGACGUUCUUGACGGUGCCGGGCCAGCCCAAACCGGCCGAGUCCCUGCUGGCUUUCCUGCUGCUGGAGCUGGCUUGUGGCCUCUACUUCCCCGCCGUCAGCUUCCUCCAGGGCCGCGUCAUCCCCAUGGAGCGCCGGGCAGGCGUGCUCGCCUGGUUCCGCCUGCCGCUCCACCUGCUCGCCUGCCUGGGCCUGCUCACCCUCCACGGGCAGGUGUCCGGCACGGGGGGUGGCGAGGCAGGCAGCGGCACGCGCCACAUGUUCGCCGGCUGUGCGGGCAUGAUGCUGGCCGCACUGCUGGCCGUGGUGAGUCUCUUCACUCUGGGGCGCAAUGAUGCAGACCUGAGACUAGAGGGGACUAGAGGAGAGGGCGAUAUUUAAGCACGAGGAAGACUGAACUUACCGGUGCGGCUUUGAGCACAGACGUUUUGUGUGACACAUCAGCGCUUGAACGCUGAACAAGGUUUCCAAAGUGCUGGACUGGAUGGCACUUGCCAAAGAUGUUGCUUGGGAUUGUUUGCUCGCUUCAGGGAAAGUCUGCAUUUUCGUUGCCUUUCUUACAUGGUGCAAGUCCAAUUUUGUAAUAGGAAAUAAUGGUAAAAAUAUGAAAAAAUUUAAAUAUUUAUUGAUCGUAGCUCUUUUUGAGUGGGAGAAAAAUGAACCAAUUCCCAAAGUACUUUUGAUUUCAUUUUUCACACUGGUGUUUUCUGUCCGUUGUGAUGCUAGUGAUCAGCAGACCUCCCGUUGGAGGUCUUUUCAGAUGGAAUAUUUCAAUUCUGAAACUCCUGGUUCAGAUUAGUCAGUACCUGGCUUUACCUAGUCUGAGUUCAUAUAUCAGGUUAAAGUUCAUAGGUUAGAGUACAUGUAGGACACCUACAUGUUCUGCAAUCAUCAUUAAUUAUCUUUUUUUUUCUUCUUUGGGUUCUUAAAAGAAUUCUUAAUAUAAGUUUGUAAUCAUAUAAAUGCAAAUUCUUCGAGUUUAAGGAAUAGCCAUAUGAGCCUUCUGCUGUUCAGAAUGUAUCCAGAUUCCUUUAAUGCUUUCUUGACCAUAAAAACUAAAAUCUCGUUUUCAGGCUCUUCCUGUCUGACAAUAAGAAUGUGAUUUUAGCUACUGUCAGACCUCAGCUGUCUCAACAGUGGGAGAAUUGGACACGUGUGGUUGUGUGAAAUUUUGGUGUUUGCUGUUUCUUUACCUCUAGACUUUUUUUUUGUUUGCAAACAAUUUUAAAAGCUAUUCAUGAUUAAAUAGGACGCUACAAAUGCUGCUUUUUGUUAAGCAUUUCUAUUUAUUUUAAUUGAUGGGAACUAAACCAAUUAAGGCUUAUGAACAAACAUCAUAAAAAGCACCAUAAAUAAAUCUUAUAAAAAUAAUAAAUAAAAAUAAAACAUCUGUUAUGAUCUGUAAUGGUCACAGUAAAGUUGAGUAAUUUUACACUUCUGAAGGGUUAAUUUAGAGAGUCUUGUUGGCAGAGUCACUGACCAUCAGUGAUUUAUACCAACCAAAAUGGUUCCCAGUGAAAUGCCUCAGGUGGCGGAGGCCAUGGUUACAUAAAUUAGAUUUUCUGUAUUUAUGGCUUCUAAGGUGAUCUGUGUUGUCCUAAUGUAUAGUGUAUAGUGUUACUUGGAUUUUACUUUGGCUCCUGACAGGUUUGUUUCAUGACUACUCAAUUUUCACUGUCAAAUAUACUGAAAUUUAUGUACCUUGCUGUUUUUUUUAAGGAGCAAAAGAAUGCCCCAAACAAAAUGAAACUUUGUUUCUUUGUCUUUGGUCAGACCCCAUAUAUUUAAAAAUGGCUUUUUACUAAGGAUUCUUAGUUAUUUGACGUGCUCGACCUUUUAAAAGCUAUUAAUAGGCCAAUAAAAACUUAUACAAUUUAA